AUGGGACUUAUUCACCUUGAUGGUCGGGCUGCUGCUCUUGUCGGAGUUGUCUUUGUUCUGUGGUAUGUUGUCUCAACGAUUCGUCAAUGGGCCCACCUGCGCCAUUUCAAAGGCCCCGCGAUUGCGGGUUUCAGUCAAUUAUGGCUCAUCUCACGAGUCGGUGGUGGUCGUACAUAUCUUGACCUUUGGGAAACUUGCAAGAAAUAUGGCGACAUCGUCCGCGUAGGACCCAACGACCUCAUUACGUCCGACCCAGAUCUGAUGAAACACAUGCUCAAUGUGCGCACACGAUAUAAACGCUCCAGCUGGUACGACGCCAUGCGCCUCGAUCCAACGAAAGACAACGUCCUGUCCCAGCGCGACGAUGAUCUGCACGCCAGCACUCGUUCGAAAAUGGCAGCAGCAUAUUCCGGCAAGGAAGUUGACAACAUCGAGACAACAAUAGAUGAGAACGUCGAGCGUUUGCUCGAUUUGCUUGAUACUGAAUACAUAUCCAAAGAUAUACCUUUUGACUUUGGAUACAAGGCCCAGUAUUUCACGCUCGAUGUCAUUUCUGCGCUGGCUUUUGGUGAGGCGUUUGGCGACUUGGAGACCGACUCGGAUGUGAAUGGUUACAUCACUGCGAUGGAAGAGAGCAUGCCGACAAUCAUCACUACCACCGUAAUGCCCUGGAUGAUUAAACUGCUGCAGCUUCCCAUUUUCAGGAGUAUGCUGCCGUCGGACAAGGACAAAGCUGGCGUGGGUAGAGUCAUGGCGAUCGCGAAGAAGGUUGCGGCCGAACGCUUUGGUCCAAACCCCAAGGUUCAGAGAGACAUGAUUGGCUCGUUUGUUUCGCGGGGGCUCCUCCAGCAUGAGGUUGAGUCGGAGAUUCUGAUGCAAAUCCUAGCAGGUGCUGACACCACCGCCACUGCCAUCCGAGCAACUCUACUCUACAUCAUCUCCAAUCCUCGUGUGGUUCAGGCAAUGCGAGCAGAGAUCGACAACUCCAAACUAAGUCACCCUAUCGUCACUGAUGCCGAAGCACGAGCAAUGCCAUACCUCCAAGCCGUUAUCAAAGAAGGCCUUUGA